ACUCGAGGCUUCACCUCACCACCGGACAGAAAGACUGAACAGUCAUAUCUGCCACACAGUGUUUGAUACGAUAGCUCGGAGGGAGAGUGGGUGUGGAUUUGUUUACCUGAUUGAAAAAAGUGAACUAAAUAUUUUUACUUUCAAAAACGAUUAGUCGUUUUAGCAACAGACUUCACUGUGUUUCGAGAUCAAACGGAAAGUUGACAAGUUUUUGAUCCCAAUCUUAUCAAAGGAGACCAGUUUUAGCGAAAUGGAUGGCCGUGUGAUGGGGAACGUUUACGAGGUAGAACAUUUGGCCACUUUCCAACUCUCGGAAGAAUUAAACGCGCCGUCUGACGGAAUGCGGAGGUUGUUGCACAUGCAGACGAAUGGAUUAGGAAUCUGGAGUCAAAAAAUUCGUGUCCAUCUCGAACAAAACUUUAUCGUCAUUCUCGAUUUUCAAAAUGGGGACGAGAUGGAGCGUUUCCCACUCCACAUGAUUCGUCAACCCACCGCUUUCACCAACCCAAACCCAGGCGAGUCAUACAACAACGUAUUCGCUUUUUUCAGUGCUUCAAUAUAUCUGCCGCAGAUUUGGUGGAGGAUGUCAACUUGGCUAUGGCCGGUCAGGUCCCUCCAAGUCGGUCGCGAUACACGAGUAGUCCAAGCAGUCCUCCCCCACCCCCCCUCACACCGCCGCAUUUCAAACCCUCCGACUCGAGAAAUGACACUUUCUCGAAUGAUACUGAGGGUCAGUAUGAACGCCAAAUUGCAAUUUUGAACAGCUGUUUUGAUGACAUUGAGCACUUCAUUGCUUUGCUUCAAUAUGUGGCUACAGCCUACAGAGAACUUCAGCGGAGGCGAAUGUCUAAAAAAAGUAACAAGGAUCACGGAGAAGGCCUCCUCUCUAUGCAAGCUACACGACCACAUGAACUCGAAUUUGUCCACAUUCUUCAAAAAUUCAAGCUUUGCUUCAACCUUUUGGCCUGUUUAAAAGCCCACAUCCAGGAUCCAAACUCCCCCGAGAUGGUCCACUUUCUCUUUACGCCGCUAGCUAUGAUCGUCAACGCUUCUAGGGAAACUCACCCGCCCGGUCUCGCCGCCAGGGUUGUGGCCCCUCUCCUUUCCAGGGAAGCCGUCGACCUACUCACCAACUGCCUCAACUCGAAGGAAACUCAACUUUGGCAUUCACUCGGAGAUGCGUGGCACUUGACGAGGGAACAGUGGAAAGGUUAUGUGGCCCCGUACCAGCCCGUCUUUAUGGAAGGGUGGUCGCCCACGAUUCCAGACCGAAGUUCAUCCUCUGCCAUUGGCGUAGCUGUUGCGGAAGCUGCGACGAGACGUCUUCAAGCCCAACAGGAGACAGAAAAAUUGGAGAGCCCUUUCCUUAGAAAACUGCCUCAUUUCCACUGUACUUCUGUGUCGAUCUCCCUCUCGCAAAUAGAACCGUAUACUUGCAGCAGCAGCAAAAGCAAAUACGAAAUCCAGCUGCGGCUGCAGCUGCUGCAGCGUUGCGCGAAUAUCCACAGCCAGACUAUCCCGACAAUGGGAGACAUUUUAAUGGCUCGGGAUGACGACAUGAUGCAGCAAGAAUUGAGGACUGUGCUCACCCUUUUCCGAGAAAAGAGGAAGAUCGAGAUUCAGAAGAACGCGGAAGUCUACAUCAACCAGCAUUCCAGCGUGGAAGAAGUCCAAGAGUGGUUGAAAGUUAAGGGCUUCUCAGAUCCGAUUAGUAAACAGUUAUCAAAUAUGAAUGGGACUGAACUCUUCAGUUUAAAGAAGGAACAACUGGAGGCGUAUUGUGGUAAGGCGGAGGGUCGCAGAUUGGGUUCACAAAUCAACAUUUCGAGAAGUACUACAGGGUUUAAAACGGCUCGAUCCUCCGAAUUGAGAACUAUCUUGGCAAAGGCAUUAGCCAAGGUAGAGUCGGGCACGUCCCCUUCGCCGAACCCAUCAACACGGCACUAAAUAAGCAAGUAGGUCGAAACAAUAAUAGCUCGUCCAAUUCUAAGCCGAGCAGCCCCAUGCCCAGACCAAUGAUGGGUAUGUGAACAAUAACAACAGGUCAUAGGCGUCCGGAUACGUGAUUCAUAAUUAAUCAAUAAUAAUAUAAUAAUUCAAAUAAUUUGAUGAAAUAUAUGUAGUACUUCAAUAUUUAGAUGACAUUUUGAAAAUUCUGAUGAAUGCUUUUAGGUUCCUCUGAUAAAAAUAUGUUUAUACAUAGUUUAGAAACAUAAAUCAGCACAUAAAUUCCAAAUCAAAUAUGACAAAACAAUAACUUCAAUUAACCAUAAAUAUAUGUAAGAAUGUAUGACCCCGUAUUUAAGGACUGUCCACUAAAGAAAGUGUCAGAAGUUCGUUCUCAUUUUUAAAUGUUGGCGGGCGGGUUUAUUUAAAAUUUGAAUUCAUGCUCAAAUUUACGGAAUUGAUAGCAAUUCUGAUACACAAAACAGAAUUAAAUUAUUACUUUCAGUUCAAAAAUGCGAAAUAAAAAUGCUCAGUCGCAGAGUUAGUUUGCGACUCGUACGGAAAAAUGUUUUUUUGAGACAGAAAAAUAACUAGUGACCACUUGAUUCGUGAAGGAGUACACCGGAAGUCAAUUAAUCGUAUACUGGAUAGACAUGAGGAAGGUAAAAAUGAAAUGCAGAUUACAAGAAACCGACUUUUCGACCGGGUAUCCUUGCGACGAAGAAAGUGGAGAAAGAGUUCAACAGUAACCCAAACAUUUCUGUUAGGAUUGUUGCAAAUAAUACCUAGUCGUGACGUGAAGAUCGUUAGUUGACCAAAAUUUUUGACCCAUUUAUGAUAAAUUCAAUAGCUGAUUAGUAUUAUGUUCCUCAAUUCAAUAUCUACAAAAAACUACCGCCAACAGGAUUCUAUCAAAUCAACAUGAAAAGUUCUGAUACCGUAAGCAAACGCAUUCGUGCAUCGUUUUCCACUGUAACUACAUGCGCAAAAUUCCCAAGUACUUAAAUAAAUGUAACUUUCGAACGAUAACUCCGAUCUGGUUAGUUGUAGUAUUAGAAUGUUCCUAUGGACUGGUACUAUUAAUUUACAGAAACUCUUCAUCCUUCUUGAUUUCUAAACCAAAUGUUCUUCUUCUUUUGUAAAAAUAUAGCUAAAAAUAAAAAGUAAUUGAGAGUA